AUGGCUAAACCAGUCGAUCCAAAUAAAGAAGAUCAAUAUGCAACAACUAUAUUAAAUCGUAAUGCACGUCCAAUUCGUUUAAUUAUUGAUAAUGGUAUUAAUGAUGAUAAUAAUGUUGUUACAUUAUCACAACAAAAAGUGGAUGAAUUACAAUUAUUUUUUGGUGAUAGAGUUUUACUUAAAGGUGAAAAACGUCGAGAAACACUUUGUGAGGUUCACAUUAGUGCUUCAUGUCCAACUAAUUAUAUUCAAAUGAAUUAUGUUGUACGAAAUAAUUUACGUGUACGUUUAGGUGAUAUUGUUUCAAUUGAAGGCUGUCAAGAUGUUAAAGAUGCUGUACGUAUACAUGUUUUACCUGUUGAUGAUACUGUACAAGGAAUAACAGGCAAUUUAUUCGACGUUUAUUUAAAACCAUAUUUUUUUGAUAAUCCUUUUCGACCAGUACAUAAAGGUGAUGUUUUUAUUGUACGUGCAGCUAUGCAUGCUGUAGAAUUUAAAGUCAUUGAAAGUGAACCAAGUCCUUACUGUAUUGUUACACCAGAUACAGAUAUACAUUGUGGAGAUAAUCCAAUUAAACGUGAAGAAGAAGAAAUAUCUUUAAAUAAAAUUGGUUAUGAUGAUAUUGGCGGUAAAACUUUAAUUGCACGUGCCAUAGCUAAUGAAACUGGUGCAUCUUUCUUGUUAAUUCAUGGACCGGAAAUUAUGUCUAAAUUACCUGAUGAAUCUGAAUUAUAUUUAUGUAAAGCAUUUGAAAAAGCUAAAAAGAAUGCUCCAGCUAUUAUUUUCAUCGAUAAACUUGAUGUAAUUGCACCAAAGCGUGAAAAAAGUCAUGGUGAAAUUGAACAUCCUAUUGUUUUACAAUUAUUAACAUUAAUGGAUGAUCUUCAACAAUAUUCACAUGUGAUUGUUAUGGCGACAACAAAUCGACCAAAUUCAGUUAAUCCAGCACUUCGUCGUUUUCAUCUAGAAAUUGAUAUUGGUAUUCCUAAUGCUGCUGACCGUGAAGAAAUUCUUCGUAUACAUACAAAAAAUAUGAAGUUAGGUGAUGAUGUUAAUCUUGCAAAAAUUGCUAAUGAAACACAUGGUUAUGUUGGUGCGGAUUUAGCAUCAUUAUGUUCAAAGGCUGCUUUAAAACAAAUUCGAGAAAAUAUAUAUGUCAUGGAUUUACAAGAAGAUACAAUUGAUGCUGGAGCACUCAAUGCAUUAGUUGUUACACGAGAGAAGUUUUGA